UUCUUUACCAUUGCUAGAGCAAUAUGCCUCCAUCAUCAGACCACAACUUUUUACAGAACUAAUUCAAUACAGUAAUAACACAAAAGAUCACAAUUCAGCCUUUUUAAAAUCAGGUAGCAAGCAGCCAUGGCAGAAUCCAGAGAUUACGUUGGAGACUUUCUGACAGAAUUCAAGGAGCAGAUAAUUACGAGAGCGACUCGGGUCAGUGACAUUGCUGAGGCUGUUAUCUCCCAAAGUCUGAUCCAUGAAGCAGCAGCUCAACAAGUGCAGGCUGCUCCAACCCAGCAGGAGGCAAUGCGGCUCCUGUUUGAGGCUUUGGAAAGAGAGCCACCUCUAAACAGUGUGUCCUUCCAUCUCAUCCUGAGAAUGACAGAGCCUGAACUGAUUCAAGCACUAGAGUGGAGACAACGCAACAGCAAGCAUACGCAAACAGAGAGAAUCAGUCCACCCAGUUCUCCCAGAGAAAAAAGAAGACAGGAUGACAAAAAUGGACAUUCAAGUGACAUCCAGAAAAGAAAAGACUCUCUAAAAAGGCGUAGACUGGAAACAAUGCGUGCCAUUGAGCAGAUUGAGAACCUUUGGGAAGGAACUAAGCAAGAGAGGACUGAGAUAGACAACAUGAGACAGAGGAUUCAGCGACAGCAAGAUGAGAUAGUCAGGAUGACCACAGAGAAAAGACAACUUGAGAGAACUAUUACUCACAUGAAAGCCGAGAUGGACCACAUCCGCAAAAGAAUGGAUCAUAAUAAAGAAGAGGUAAAUAGAGAGAGGGAGAGGAUUGAGCAAAUGAGAUCUGAUCUCCAAACUGAGCAAACCACCCUAGAGCAAAAGCAUGAUGAAAUUAUCAGAGAGAGACAGAACUUGGAGAUGAUCAGAUAUGAGACUCUGAGACAGAAGGAGGAGCUGGAGAGCAACCGUGAAAGCACAAAGUACGAGAUGGAACGAAUGGAACAAAUAAAAAGUGCCAUACAAGUUCAGAUCAAUGAGAUAGAGAUGAAGAUUGAGGAAACACAGAAAGCAAAGUGUCAGAUGGAGCAGAUGAAAGCUGAAAUAGAGGAGGAGAAAAGCGAGUUGGAGAGAAAGAAGUAUGACAUCAAGAGGCAAAGAGACCAGUUUGAGCAGAUUAAAGUUGACAUACAGCAAGUAAAGACGGAAAUGGAGCAAAGGUGGCAUGAAACAGAGAAAGAAGGGCUGGAACAGAGAGCUAUAAUCCAAAGAGAGAAAGAUGAGCUGAAAUACCUGCAAGACGAGAUUCAAAGAGCAAGAGAAGAGGUUGAAAGAAACAGAGUGUUUUCAAAACAAGAGAAUGAGAGAAUAAACCAGCUGAGAGCUCAAGCGCUUACAGAAAGCAACCUCAUUGAAAAGAAAUGGCAAGAUAUCUUAAUAAAAGAAAAGGAUCUGGAAGAGAUUAAAUAUGAAAUUGAGAGAGGUCGAGAGGAGUUGGUAAUGAAUGGAGAGCUGGUCAAAAAGGAAUGGGAAAAGAUCGGACAGGCCAAAGUGAACAUACAAAAUCACAUGAUAUCUAUGGAUACCAGAGUUGAGGAAAUAAAAAGAGAAACUGAUAGGGUGAAACAUAUGAAAAUAGAGAUGCAGAAGGACAAAGAUAUUCUAGAAAAACAGAAGGAUGAUAUACGAAAAGCUAAAGAAGAAAUGGAGAAGAAGAGGUAUGAGACAGUGACAGAGGAGCUAGAGCACAGAGCUCGACUGCAGAGGGAGAGAGACGAGCUGGAGAGUUUAAGAGUAGAGAUACAAAGGGCUAACGAUAUGGAGAAAGCAAAGCUACUGAAGGAGAAGGAAGAAAGUUUUAAGAUAAGAGAAGAAGCCAGACAAGAAAGAGAAAUUACAGAACUAAUCAAAGCCGAGAUCAAGGCUGAAAAAGACAACUUGAACCGAAGACAAGAGGAGAUGCUGAGGGAGAGACAAGAGUUAGAAAGAAUUAAACGUGAGACGGACAGAGCCAAAGAAGAUAUUGAGAACAGCCAAGAAGUCACAAUCCGGGAAAAUGACAAAAUGGAAAAAAUGAAGACUGAAAUUCAAGGACAAAUUGAAGAUACUGAGAAGAAAAUUGAGGAGAUCCAAAAAACAAAAGAACAAAUGGAGGAGACAAAGGCUGAGUUGGAGGAUGAGCGGGAGGAGCUGGAAAGAAAGAGAGAAUUGGUGAGAAGAGAGACCGAACAGUGCGAGUUCCUCAGAAGCGAAAUCCUCAGGGUGAAGGAGGAAAUGGAGAGCAGGUGGCAUGAAACAGAGAAAGAGGAAGUCGAACUCAGAGCGAAAACUCAGCAUGAACUGGAAAGACUGGAAAAAUUAAGGGACGAGGUCCAAAGAUCUCAGAAAAACAUUGUGGAGAGCAGGAUGGAGCUCAUGCAGUGGAAGGACAGUCUUGAAAAAUUGAAGCUUCAGGUAGAAGACGACAAACUUGCCGCUAUCAAACAGACGGAUGAGGCUAAAGCAAAGAGAGAGGAGUUGACAAAAAUGAUAGAACAGAUGGAGAAAGAGCGAGGAGAGAUUAAUAACAGCAGAGAAAAGGCUAAAGAAGAAGCAGAUGAAAUCAAAAGCAUGAGAAAUGAGCUACAAAGACAAAAGGCAGAAAUAGAGAACAGGAUUAGAGUUGCAAAACAAGAAAAAGAGGAGGCAAACCAUGCCAAACUUGCAGUCCAAGAGGCUAAGAUGCUCUUAAAAAAGCAAAUGGAAGAGUCAGAAAAGAGACGGUAUGAAACCAUAACAGAGGCGUUGGAGCAAAGAGAUGAAAUACACAAAAAAACAGAGGAGUUAGAACAAAUAAAUGAAGAGAUACAAACAGCCAGACAUGAGCUAGAAAAGUUGAGGCAUUCUGAAAAAGAGAACCUGCAGAAAAUGCUGGAGGAUACACAGCAAGAGAAAGAGUUUGUUGAGCAAAUGAAAAUAGCUGUGCUGAAGGACAAGGAAGAUCAGGAAAAGCGUUUAGCUGAGAUGGACAAGGAGAGAGAGGAGCUCAAACAGAUUAGAGUUCAGGUCCAGAACGAGAAGAAAGAUCUAGAAAAACGAAGGUAUGAAAUGAUGAGAUAUGAUGUAGAACAGAGUGCUCAAGUGCAGAGAUUAAGAGAAGAACUUGAGAAGAUCAAGACUCAGCUAUUUCUGGACACAGAGACCAUGGACAGAAGUAGAGAGUUAGCGCAACAAGAUAGAGAGAAAGCUGAACGUCUUAUGAUUGAGAUCCAGGAACAAAGAGAGGAAGUGAAUAAAAGGUUAGAGGAGACAAAACGACGAGAGGACACUUUGAGGAAGAUGAGAGAGGACAUGGAGCACGAUAGAGAAUAUCUGGAGAAGAUCCGUGUGAAAACGCGGAGAGGGAAAGACACAUAUGAAGAGGUCAAGGAUGAGAUUAACAGGGUGAGAGCAGAGAUAGAGAGGUUGUGGGAUGAGGCUGAAAAGGGAGAGCAUGAGGAACGUGAGAAGAUGAACAGGGAGAAGGGGGAGAUGAUGAGGAAGAUGGAAGCUAUGAAGGAGGAGAUGGGUGAGAUUGAAGACAUGAAGAUGGAGUUAACAAAACAGAAGAAGGACAUCGACGUAAAGAUGGAAAAGGCAAGGCUGCAAAUGACUAAUCUUGAAAAGAUGAGAGCAGACCUCCAAAAACAGAAAGAAGACAUUGAAAUCCAGAUGAUGGAAGCAAAGAGUGAGAGAUACCAGAUGGAACUGAUGAGGACUGAGAUCUUAAAACAAAAAGAGGAUGCUGAAAGGAAAAUGGAGCUAGCAAAAGCAGAGAUGGACAAAAUGCAGCUUGUCAAACAGGAAAUACAAAGACAAAUAGAAGAGCUGGAGGAAAGGAUGCAGAAAACCAAACGAGAGAUUGGAGAAAUGGAGCUGAUGAAGAGAGAAAUGGAAGGGAAGAAGAAAGAACUUGACCACAGGAUGAAAUUGACCAUGAGGAAGAAGGACGAGAUGAAACGACUGAGGAUGGAGAUACAAAGGGCAAAAGACGAGAUGGAACAAAAAAGAGCGGAGACGGAGAGGCAGAAAUAUGAAAUGGAGCAAGUUAAAGCUGAAAUCCAAAGAGCGAGAGAGGAGUUUGAACUUAGGAUGGAGGAGAGAGAUUUAGAAGAAGAGAAAGGACAGAUGAACCUCACAAUAAUCAACCUUAUUCAGCAGAUUGAGGGGACGAGAGAAAUGGUGCGGAAAGCAAAAUUCCAGAUUGAAAGCCGAAUGGCAGGAAGUCAGAUGGAGACAACAGACCAAGAGGAGAUGAAUGCUGAGAUGCACAGGCUCAUUUUGGAGAUUGAACAAAUCCGGGAAAUGCUGCGAGGUCUUAAGGCUGAGGCAGAACACAACAAGGAAAUGAUGAAGAGAGACAGGGAUGAGAUGAGGCAACUGAAGAAUGAAGUUCAACGAAGGAGAAGAGAGAUUGAAUACAGGGAAGAAAAGAUUAUGAGAGAACGGGACGAACUAGAACUCGUGAGAAAUAUGAUGCAGCGGCAAAGAGAAGAACUGGAGAAGAGGCUGGAGGAGACCAUUAAAGAGAAUGAUAUGGUGGAGCAGAUGAGAGAAGAUGUGAAAAAUGCUUUGGAGGACAUAGAACAGGCCAAAGAAGAGAUAAAGAGACAGAAAGAAUGCAUUGCUCUAGAAAAGACAGGCAAAGAAAAGGUUCAGCCUGCCAUCAUUCCAACCGAGAGCCAGGAGUAUGCAAAAACAGAAGAACCAGCUGCCAUUAAAGUGGAAGACUUUGUGAGUGAUGUACAGAAAGAAAGACAAGAACUGGAACAAUAUAAAGAAAUAAUUUUAAAAGAGAAACAUGAACUAGAGAAAACAAAAGAGGAUGUACGAGCGGUAAAGAAUGAAGCUGAAGAGAGGAUGACAAAAUUACAAGAGAUGGAAAUAGAGAUGGAAAAGAAACGAGUGAGUCUACAAAACUGGGAAAGACUGCUGCAAUCAGAGAGAGAAGAAAACCAGAGAGGUUUAGAUACAAUAUGGAAAGAGAAGGAGCAGCUAGAUAAAAGAAAACAAGAACUAGAGAGUAUGGAAGUAAAUCUACAGAGAGCGAAAUGUGAAUUGGAAAAAGCAAGAUUGAUGGAGAUUAAACAAGUUAAUGUACAAGUCCAAACUGAUGUGAUGGAGGAUGUAGGAAAAUAUCAGAUGAUCUUGACUAUGGAGGAGCUGGAUAAAGAGCGACAAGCUCUGGAGAAUUUUAAAGAAGACUUACUUGCACAAAAAAGUACAACUGAGAGACAACUGGCAGAAAUAAAACUGAGCAAGGAUGAAUUUUCACUCAAAGAAGCCGCACUGCAAACUGCAACAAAAAACACAGCAGACAUAGAGUUACAAUUAGAGCUGCGAAAACAGGAGCUAGAACGAACAAAAUAUGAGCUGGAAAAGACAAAGCUAGAAAUACAGAAAGGAUGGGAUGACCUGCAGGCUAAGAUUACAGAAAGCAGAGAAAAAGACAAUAUGAUAAGAACAGAAUUAGAAAAUGCGAGAGAUGUCCUAAAUCACAUUCGACAGGAUAUAGAAAAACAAAAGCAAACCAUGGAGGCUCACCUAAAAUACACUUUUGCUAGAGAACUGGAAAAUAUAGAAGCUCAGAGAAAAAGGAUAGAGGAUGAAAAGGGAAUGUUACAGAACAUGAAAUAUGAGCUGCAAAAAGAGUCUAGUGAUAUUGAAAGGUUAAACCAGGAUGUGCAGAAAGAAAGACAGAACAUGGAGAAAUGGGCAGAGCAGCUUAAACAAGAGAGGGAGGAACUAGAAAAGAAAAUGUGUGAUAUGCAACAAAUACAAGCAGGAAUAGUCAGAGAAAAGAAAGAUCUAGAGAACCUGAGAGAGGAGAAUGAGCUGACACUGAAGGAGAUCAAAAAGGAGAGAGACACUCUUGAGAAAAUAAAUGAACUCAUUUUACAGCAAAAAGAUGAUUUUGAGAAUGAGGAGGAGGAAAUAAAGAAAAGAGAAAAUGAACUGCAGCAAAUGCAGGCUGAUCUUAACAGACAACAAAAAUACAUGCAGGAUAUUCAGAAUAUAGUUGUAAUGCAAAAAAGUCAACUUCAGAAAAGCCAAGAUGAAAUAGCCGAAAAGCUAACACAGGUGGAAGACAUCAGGCAGUUCACACAAAAUGAAAAAGACAAUCUUGACAGAGAAAGGGCGGCUAUAAUGGAACAGAAGCAGCAGAUGGAGAGCAACUUGACAGAUGCAUUAAACAGAGAACUAGAAACUGUGGAGCUUGUGAAAAAAGAGGUACUAAAUGAGAAGCGACUUAUUGAGGACUGCAGAAUAGCUUUAAUCAGAGAUAUAGAAGAUCUGGAGCAGAAGAAAAUCAAUUUGGGUAGUCAGGCAGAGGAGAUACAAUUACAAAGACAAAGUAUUGCAGAAGAGAAAAGCAAGUUGGAACAGACUGAAUCUGUGCUGCAACGAGUAGCUGAAGAUACUGAGAAGCUAAGACAAGAUACACUAGCUGAAAGACAGAAGCUUAAAAACACUGCUGUGCAACUUCAGAAAGAGAGAGAUGCCAUUGUGAGCCUUGCGGAGGAGACAAAAAGAAAGAGAGAGGACCUGGAUAAAAUGCAAGCUGAUGUAGAAAAGCAGGAAAAAGCAUUUGAGAUAUUGAAGGGCAUGAAGGCUGAUCUGCAAAAAGAAGCCAGUGUCAUUGAAAAUUUAAGACAAGCUGUUCAAAAUGGCAUACAACACGUAAAAGACAUGGAAGCCAAAAUUCAAAAAGAAAGACAAUACACUGAUAGUCUGGUUGAAGAGAUUGAAAAGAGGUCAAAAGCUCUGGAUGAGAUGCGCAUGGAGGUUGAAAAAGAAAAGCGAUAUGUCGAGUCUGAGAGAGAUGUGCUAGAACAGGAAAAGUCUAAGCUCAGAGAUCUCAAAGAUGAAUUUGCUCAGCAAAAAGAACAGAACAUUAUUAUACUGGCAGAGAUAGAGAAAGAAAGAGACAAUCUUGCGCAGAUGAGUGAAACCAUCUCAAAUCAAAGGUGCAUUGUUGAAAGUGAUAAAGAAAAUUUUAGACGGAGAGAAAAUGAACUGAAACAAAAAGAAGCAGAGAUUGAAAACAAACAAAAACAAAUAGAUGAGCUGAAGAGCAGUUUAAGAAUGGAAAAGAUGCAAGUUGAGCAGAUGCAAGCUGACCAAGAUCAACAAUGGACAGUUGUACAUGAAAAAAUAGAAUACGUUAAGACUGCAAGAGAUAGAGACGCGACAGAUCUGGAGAAAGAGAGACAGGAAAUGGAGAAUUUGAGAGAAGAACUGAGGGUGGAAUAUGAAAAUGUGGAGCUCCAAAAGAGAUAUUUAAUUGAGCAAAAAGAAGUAUUUGAAAGCCGCAUGAAAUCACUAGAAAUGGAUGAGGAAGACAUAGAGAAAAAUAAAGCUAAACUGCACAAAGAAUUUGAAAACUUGCAGUUUCAGAGGCAAUCGUUUGAGAAAGAGAUACAGCAGGUACGAGCUGACCUUCAGAAAGAGGCUGACAAUACUGAGAGAAUAAAGAAAGAGGUGGUAGCUGAAAAGCAGAGUAUAAAAGACAUGGCAGUUCAAAUUCAACAUGAGGGAAAUGACAGAAAAGAAGCUCUGGAGAGGAUGCGCCUUGAGCUAGAAAAACAAAAGCAAGACAUUGAGACUGAAAAAGAUAUACUAGAAAACCAGAAGUUUGAAGUGGACAAAAGCAAAAGAGAGAUAGCUAGAGCAAACGAUGAUCUUGCUGAAAAGAGAAAAAUUAAUGAUAUUGAUCGGUCAGAGAUGGAGAAGCAGAGAAAUUCCCUUGAUCAAAUGAAGAUGAACAUUUCACAAGAGGAACAUGGUAUUAAAACAGUGAAGGAAAGUUUGAGACACCAAGAAAAUGACCUGAAUAUACGUAUAUCACAACUUCAUGCACAACAGAAAGAAAUAGAAGAUAUUCAGGAUGUUAUCUUGAAAGAAAAGAGUCAGCUUAAUGAAAGACAGGCUGAAAUGGAAAAGCAAAAGAGAGAAUUAGAGAAUGUGAUGGACAGACUUGAAAAAGAGAGGACUAAUGUAAUGGAAGAAAGACAAAAAGUGAAUGGCAUUGCAGUAGAACUGAAGAGGGAAAGUGAAACAGUGGAGCUGAUGAAACAAGAAGUUCUCCGCGAAAAAGAAUCUAUUGAAAACAGCAGGCAAAUACUGAACAAAGAUCUAGAGGAUAUAAAAGAAAAUAGAACCAUCUUAGCUAAGGAGUUUGAGACCUUAAACUACCAGAAACAAUUGACUGGCAAAGAAAAGCAGGAAUUUGAUAAGAUGAAAAAUGAGCUCCAACAAGAAAAGGAAAUUAUUGCUAAACUAAGGCAAGACAUAGAAAAUGGCAGGCAGAAGGCUGAGGAAAUGACGAUCAAACUUCAAAACGAAAAGGAAGAUAUAGAGAUUUCUUUUGCCAGGAUAAGAUCAGAGGAAGGAGAUCUAAGAAAACAAAAACAAACAAUUGAAUCUGAUAGAGACACUCUUAAAAAGGACAAGUCUGACCUGGAGAAAACUAAAGCAGAGAUAGCCAGAGCCAAAGAAGAUCUUGAGAAUCAAAUUGAAUCACAUAAAAGACUAAAUGAGGUAACAUUGGCAGAGAUACAGAAAGAGAAACACAUUCCUGAGCAGUUAAGAAUGAACAUAUCACAACAGAGAGAUGAUCUAGAAAAGGACACUGAACAAACAAGAUACAAACAAGCAGAGCUGCAAAGUCUAAAAAUGGAAACUCAGAAAGAGCAAACAGAGAUAGAUGAGCAGAAGGUGAUGAUUGCACUAGAGAAGAGUGGGCUGAAAGACAUUAAAGCUCAAAUAGAUAAACAGAAAAAAGAGACAGAUGAAACCAAAGAACAGGUUAAAAAGGAGAGGGAUGAUAUUGAGAGAGAAAAGGCAGAAUUUAUGAAUCAAAAACAACAUAUGGAGGUAAAUUUGAGGCAAGAACUAAAAAUGGAGAGUGAAAAGUUAGAGCUGCUCAGAAAGGAGAUGUGUGAUGUAAAGGAAGGAAUUGACAACUGCAGGAAAAGCAUAAAAACAGACAUGGAUACUUUGGAACAAACAAAGCUUGAUGUAGUGAAAGAGUUGGAGAAUAUUAAGCUUCAGAAACAAAUGAUUGAGGAUGAGAAAGACAGGAUUGAGCAGAUAAAAUCAGAUCUAAAAAGAGAAGCUGAAGACAUUGAAAAGAUUAAAGUAGAGACACAAAAUGAAAGACAGAAGCUAAAGGAAGCAACAACCCAACUUAAGAAAGAUAGAGAUAAUGUUGAGAGUCUAGCAGAGGAACUUGACAGGAAAAAAGUGACACUAGAAAAUAUGCAUCAGGAAACUGAAUUGCAAAGGAAAGCAAAUGAGUCUAAUAAACAGAUGCAGGAAAGGGCUCUACUUGAGCUGAAGAAAACUGUGACAGAUAUAGCAAGAGCGAAGGAGGAUCUUGAAACCCAGCUCGUUGAAGAAAGAGAAAAGAACAAGAUCACACUAGCAGAGAUACAGAAAGAAAAAGACAUGCUUCUUCUACUGAGAGAUAGUAUUUCAGAGCAACAGGACAACAUCGCAAAUGAGAGACAACAAAUGAGACUGAGAGAGACUGAACUUGAACACCUCCAAGCUCUGAUUUAUAUGCAGCAAGAUGAAAUGGAAGCCACACGAAAAGCUCUCACAAUGGAAAAAGACAGAAUUGAAAAGAAGAAAACUGAAAUAGAUCAAAAACAGAGAAAGGUAAAUGAAAUCAUGGAAUUUACAACAGGAGAAAAGGCUUAUAUUGAGAAAGAGAAGUCUGAAAUUCUAGCACAGAAACACCAAAUGGAGACUGAACUGGAGCUCUUGAAGGUAGAACUGAAUAAUGAAAAAGAAUUAAUUGAGGAAAGGACCCAAAUGUUGAAAACAUUCAAUGCUGACAUAGACGAAAAAAGAGCAGCCCUAGACAGAGAGAUAAAGAAACUUCAAUAUCAUAAAAAAGCUAUUCGAGAUGAGACGGAUGAUUUAGAACAGAUGCAAAGACAAACUGAAGAUAUGAGAAGGCUAAAAGAAGAAACACAAAAUGAGAGACAGAGUUUGGAAAAGAUGGCUGAACAACUUCAGAAGGAGAAAGAAGGUAUUGUUCAUCUUGCUGAAGAUACAAAGAGAAAGAAUGAGAUUCUGGAUGAAAUGAAAGUAUUACACGAGUCCAAAUUAGAAAAUCUGCAAAAAGAGAUCAGGGAAAAACAGGACAUGAUGACUGAGCUGAGAAAGAAGUAUGAUCAGGGAAAAACAGGAUAUGAUGAUUGAGCUGAGAAAGAAGUCUGAAGAUGUUGAGCUUCAGAUGAAGGAGAUAUUGACUGAAAAGGAAAUGUUGGAAAAUG